AUGUUUUUAAAACGCAGCUUUUCUCUGCAAAGACAUAUCGCAGCUUCGCUGGCCGGUGCCGGCCUAAUUAGCUACUUUUGUGGUCCUAUUUUGCGAAACCCUGUAGGAGUGGAAGCAUUGAGUGUCGUUGGAAGGUUUUUUUCCGUUCAGAACGACAAGCAGAAUAAUGCCAGCACAAAGUUGCUGAAGCAUUACACGGAUAUGCAGACCUCCAGGACAGAAGGUUUAUCAUUCGUGCCGUUUGUAAGCAGAAGCAUGUCUUCCACUAAAGCAUAUUGCAAUAUUCCAAGCCGAGAGGCAAUGACAUGUUUAUGCAGCACUCCUAAAUGGGCAACCGAUACAUUCAAGGUAACACACGCUGCUUUCGAGAAAAUCAGAGAAGCAUUCAUUCCAGAACUGGGAUUGGCAGCUGUCGUGUAUAGACACCUAUCAACGGGUGUGAAGGUUGUUUCUUUAGCUACGGAUGCAGGUAGCGGCAGGGAAAUGUGUUUUGAUGUCAUAAUACCUACACCACCAGUUGACGAUUGCGGUUGCCCUCACAUCUUGGAACAUUCUGUGCUGGAGGGUUCAAAAAAGUAUCCUAGUAAGGGUGGAUUCGCACGCCUUUUGCAGGGGGGGUUCCAGAGUUUUGUAAAUGCCUUUACAUAUAAAGAUCGAACAUCCUACCUUUUCGCAUCAACAAACGAAAAGGAUUUCUACAUUACGGCGGAUUUUUACAUGAAUGCGGUUUUUCAACCUAACAUAAGAAGUGAUUCAAGGAUUUUCAGACAGGAGGCGUGGCAUUACAAAGUUACAAAAUGUGAUCCACUGGUUAACCGUAACGAAGAUGACAGUAUUAUAUUACACGAUCAUCAUAUAAGUUAUGGAGGUGUGGUAUAUAGCGAAAUGCAAAAGGCAUACUCUGACCCUAUAUCUCGAGGCCAGGAUAUCAUAUAUCAAGGUUUGUACACAAAUAGCUACCGAUUUGAUUCCGGUGGAAAUCCAGAACAUAUAGUGCAGUUGAACUAUCAAGACCUAGUCAAAUUUUAUGAACUAUAUUACGGGCCCGAAACGGCCAGUAUAUAUUUUUAUGGGCCAGAUGAUGUGAAUAAACGUUUGCAGUUUGUCGAUACUUUUUUUAGGGAAAAUGGAAUAACCUCGGAUAGUGUUGCAUACACUGCAACCUUUGAAACAGCAAAAAAUGGUCUUAAGCUUGAGGCGUACAAAGAAUUGAACGAGGUUCUUCAUGGCACUUUCGGAUCUAGUGGAUGCAAAAACGAGGAUAUUCUUUUCACAGGAUGGAUAUUAGAUCCGCAGCAUGAGGGCAGCAAGAGUGAACACGUUGAAGGUAAAUUUAAAAUUGAUAUUGUGGACGCGUUAGGGAUGGAAGUGUUAGAACAUCUGUUGAUGGGCACACCGGAAAGCUUGCUUUAUAAAGCAUUGAUUAAAUCGGGGCUAGGUAAAAAAGUUGUGGGAUCGGGGUUGACUAACUAUUUCAAGCAAUCCAAUUUUAUAAUAGGGUUGGCUGGCGUCGAUUGUGAGAAAUUUGGUUCCAAGGAGAGUGCCAUAUCGAAAUUUGAGGAUGUUGUAGUGUCCAGCUUCACAAAUAUUGUAAAAAAUGGUAUUAAAAAGGAGGCUAUAGAUGCCUCUAUGAACUAUAUUGAAUUCCAGCUCAGGGAACUCAAUACGGGAACCUUUCCUAAAGGUUUAAUGAUUGUCAACCUCAUCCAGUCGCAGUCGCAAUAUCAGCGGGAUCCUUUUGAGCAUCUGUAUUUUGACUCAAUAAUAACUCAACUUAAGAGUAGAGUUCAUAGUGAUACCGAAUACUUUCCGAACUUGGUUGCAAAACAUUUCCUGAGUAACAAACACAAGGUUACCGUUCACAUGGAAGCGCUAGAUCCUCAUACUUUUGAAAGGAGAACGAAUGAAGCUAUAAGAAACGAAUUGAUGAAGAGGUUGGGAAAUAUAACCAAAACAAACGUUGAGGAUAUGGAAGUUGAGUAUGCUAAAUUCAAAGCCGAGUGCGACGAUACAGGAGACCGUGGAACCCUAAAUGAACUGCCAACUUUGUCUUUAGAGGAUAUAAACCAUGAAAAUGAGCUUAUACCUACAAUUUAUUAUAAAUUGGGUAGCCCUAAGGUGUACGACGAAGCGCCAGCAGUUGAAUCAGACUGUUUAGUGGUGUGUCAUCCUAUGGAAUCUCAAGGUAUCGUCUAUUUAGACCUGGCAAUAUCCUUGGAAGAUAUAACUCUAGAUGAAAUUAAGUAUCUGGAUUUGUUCUGCUCCAUGUUGAAGGAAGCGGGCACUCAUAAUAUGACGUCCGAAGAUCUGACCUAUCAUAUAUCUACCAACCUAGGAGGGUUGGCGACAAGUUUCUCCUUUAUGACCGCGGCCAAUGGAAGAAAGCACUCUAAACGUAACAAUGCUUUGGGUUACGUUUAUAUAAGAGCAAAGGCUUUAAGAGAAAAGGCAGAUGACAUGGUGGAUAUUGUUCUAGAUAUUCUCGAGUCCAGCAAUUUCGAUAAUAUGGAAAAGGGUCUGGAAAUAAUAAAAAGGAGGAUUAAUCAGGUGGAAUCUGAUUUGACAACGGAUGGACAUAUGUACGCUGCCAGAAGACUUAUGAGUGGAUUCUCUGUUGCUGACUAUGCUACCGAAGUCUCUAGUGGGUAUUCAUACCUGGUCGCACUGAAGAACGAAAUUCAACCAAAGGCUGAAAACCAAUGGUCUUAUGUCUUGACAAAAUUAGAAGGUAUAAGAUCUAAGCUUAUUGCUUUGAGAAACGCUAUAAUAAACGUUACCGCAAGUCCAGACAUCGUCAGAGAGUGGCUUGAACCAAGUUCUGCUUUAUUGGCGCGAAAGAUUAAUAGAGUUGCCGGAAUUUCAAACCAUAAAGGAUCAGAGCGCAACUGGGUCGCUGAGGUAAUCAAGAAGGGUUAUAACAAUACGCACGAUGAAGUUAUAGUAGCGCCAACAAAUGUGAAUUUCGUGGGAAUGGGCGGACCCCUAUUUAAUGAAGAGAACGUGAAUGGAGCUGAUGACCUGUUGUUGCAUUACAUCAGUACAUCUUAUCUUUGGAAACAAAUACGGAUGACGCUCGGGGCAUAUGGUGUGUUUUGCAAUAUGUCGUCCUGUGGCGAUGUCGUAUUCAUGUCCUAUGCGGAUCCCAAUUUCAACCAAACGCUUCAGGUUUAUAGAAGCGUCCCAAGUGCCAUUGCUGACGCAUUGGAAUCACUGGACAAAAGGGAGCUGUUACGACAAAAAAUAGGGAAGAUAAGCAGUAUUGAUAAACCACUUCCUGUGGAUGCUAGGGGGUUUUUGGCGCUAAACCGAAUCAUCAGGGGGGAAACAGACGAUGACAGACAGCUAUACCGAGAAGACAUUUUAAAUGCGACUAUCGAAUCUUUCGAAAGAUUGCAUUUUAAAAUGGCGAAUAGUACACAGUGGCACAAAGUGUGUGCUGUAGUUAACCAAACAACGGCAAACGCGUUACCCAACACGUUCGUUCAAAUAAAAUCUUCUAGCUGA